AUGGGUUCGAAAGAAGUGAUAUGGGCAGGACCUAUGAGCAUUGAGAUCGAAGCCAGAAUUCCAGCUGCAAUGAAUGGACCACAUGUCCCUCUCGAGUUGCAUUUCGCAUCCUGGGCAUUGGAACAAAGUGUCAUCGUCGUGGCCAUCAAGCAUAUGGUCUUUGAGCUUGUCUCUGCGGGCAAAUCCGUGAAUACCACGCCGCUUACAAUCGACUGCUGA